GUUAUCGUUGACGCUGCUGCUGCUGUUGCUGUUACUGCAGUUGUCGGUAAACCGUUUUGCCGCUUGUCCGUUUCACAUUUCACGCGUGUACGGUGAUAUCGAUAUCGAUACCCAAAUUAAAAUUGAAGUCCAAAUCGAAAUCGAAAUCUAACUUUAAGCUCGCAAUUACAGUAAAAUAAUAUAGUAAUGAAAAUAAACCGAGCAAGAAGAAUUCUCAGCCGUUUUACGCAUAUGCAAACUUGUGUGUGUAAUGUGCAUGUACAAGUGGCGGUGAUCAAAAUUAGCACGAGCGGAGGAGAAAACCGUGGGAGUGAGUGAUUGAGAGAGGCAUAGAGAGAGAAAGAGAUAAAGAUAGAGAUAGAGUGUGUGUGUUUGAGAGAAAGAGACGCACUCGGUCCACAAAACUAAAUUCGAACUGACUACGAAAGGUCAAUCACUUAUCACAAAAAACUAAACUGUAUUUCUGUGUCUACGGCUGGAGAAUCGGCAAAUCGACAGAAAUUUGAUGUUGUUAAUUAUGACGACAGAGUAUGAGGAAGAGAUGACAGAGAUCUAUUAGAGAUCUUUUGUCAUUGAUCGACAAUGUAACAUAAUUAUUUUCUCUACAGCAUUCUCUGAGCCACCAAAAUGUGAAAUGUGAUCAAGUGUGUUUCAAUGAACAGUUCUACAAAUAGUGCCAUAUAAAAAUAUCAAGAAUCGACAUCAAAUAAGUGGACCUAGUCAAAGUAAAACAAUGGAAUAGUAGACAGAUCUUUGAACCAACAAUGUUCAUAUAUGGAAUUACAAUACAGAUUUAUACAUAGAGGUAAAAGGAAAGAAUGUCGGGAAAACGCAAAUCGCCACCGAAUAAAUUUGAUGGCGAUUCAAAUAGCUCACUAGAUUUUGAAGGAUCUGCAACAGAGACUGGACGCCAAUUUAAUUUCCAAUUAAAUUCAAGCGAAAUCACACUCUCUGCUGCUAAAAUGCAACAACAAUUUGUUAACAAUGAAAAUAAGUGUACUGAGAAUGAGGAAGCCGGCUGUAAUAUUUUGAGGACCAGCGACGGUGAAGGUGUGAUCAAAGGCGAAGUUAUAUGCAAGGGGCAUGAAUUUAUGGAACUUGAGAUGGGUCCCGUGUCGGCUAGUGAUGGGGAGAACGCUUUGUUGGAUAUUGACGCACAGAGCAUUAGCACAGUAACUAGUUCCAGUGAAUCGGAAUUCGAUAAUGUCAGCCAGCCAGCUCAUCAAAUUGUAACGGCAAAAAAGAGUAUUCAAAUUACGUCAAAGUCGCGACUAUUAAAUGGUAUUUCCAAGAUGAAGUCAGCUACUGCGAUUGCUAACACCAGUGAUAUACAGGCUUUACAUGAUCAAAAUUCUCGCAGCACAAAUACCCUGCCAACGUACCCAACGAAUGAGACAGCUGAGCCAAAGGAUGUCAAUAUCGAGAACGCGAGUGCUAUGAUAUUCAGGAGUCAGUAUAGAAACCUGAUAAAACAAGAAGUUUUUGAGAAACCGGACACGGAUUCAAAAGAUCAAAUAAUGCAUAUAGAACAAAAUAUUAGUGGUGUAGAACAACAACGUUUUUCGACUGCUAUGGAUGGCGGACAAUAUAUACCUAAUCCAAUGGAACUGCCAUCGCUAAAUGACCUCACUCAUCGUUUGGGCCUGGAUGCCUUUGGCAAGCAAAGCCUAUCAGACGACAGCUCUUCGUUGCUCAAACCUUUAAGAGAAAUUGCCACGUUGACUGCAAGAGAGCCAUCACAGCAAGCAUAUGAAAAAAAUCGAGCUGUUUCAGAAAUGAUUCGGCAUUUGCAGCUCAUUCGAAGUAGAUUGAUUAGCCAGGCACAGUUCGAAGACAUGACUGACAUUGAAGCGAAUAUACAAGAACAGCAGCAGCAACAGCAGCUGCAGAACGUGCAACGGAUGCAACAGGAAAGCUGCCUGCAGGAGCUACAUCAGCAGCUGAGUGCCCAAUUCGGCGCAGGAAGAUUCGCUGCGCAGCAUCAACAGCAGCAUCACCAGCAUCAGCAUCAGACUGUGGCUGCACUGCCCAGCAAUUUAGUGCCAUUUUUGCCAUUCCUACGUCCACCUGUGCCCUUAAUGCCUGGUCAUGUGGCGUCAGUCCAAUCGCAUUACAGUCUCAGUCCCAGUCACGCCCAUUCGCACAGCCACGCCCAUGCAAGCGCCCACAAGCUGACAAUGCAACCGAUGUGGCCAACGGCAGCAGUCGCAGCCGCUCACAUACAAGCGGCAUUGGCUGCCGCCGCUGUGGCUGCCACUAACAACAACAACAACAAUAAUACUAAUAAUAAUAAUAAUAAUAAUAAUCAUAAUAAUAAUAACAAUAAUAAUAGUUGCAAUAAUAAUAAUAGUAAUAACUGUAGUAAAUACAAUAGCACCGCAAAAUAUUCAAUUGUGAAUACAUCUGAUCAGAGCACGAUGGAAACGUUAGAGCUGGCUAGUGUGGAAUGUGGUGUCGAUACUAAAGCAUCUGUAUCUAGGUCGGGAUCACCAAUGCGGGAUCGUAAAUCUUCGCACGCAUAUAGCAAUAAUACACCGCCGGAUUCACCAAAUCUCACAACGCACAGCCCGCUGGAUAAUUCAAUUUCAAUAAAUUAUCCGCCAUCGCCUAUGGAACAUCGAAGCAAGGGGUCGGAAACGUUAGGCUCUGAAAUCGAUGCACCACUUAACCUAUCGAAGCCAAAGGGCUCACCAGACUCGUCCCCGAUUAGUGCCAGUCUGAGGGAACGCAUUGUGCCCAGUCCCCCUUUAAACUGGCAGCAGGUAGGCCAAGCGGUUCCAGUUACUCCUCAUCAUUCCGCAUCUGCUGCCCUAUACGCAGAUGUCGACGCCAACUACUUACAAAGCCGCGGCCGCAUCUGGAGUGCAAAUGCUGCCAGUGUCCCCGAACCAAAUACAAAUUUAGCGAGCGGCAUCGGGACGGGCAGGGUUGGAGGGCCGAGUGCUCGAGUCGGCCGGACAAGUCGGGAUUCCUUAAACAGCUGCGGCACCAGCUCAGAACUAUCGGCUGCAUUAGACCCGGAAUACCAAGCUCAAGCCCAUGGCCAUGGGCAAUUGGGUGGACAGUCGCAACGACAUGGUCAUGGACAUAGUAAGCCACAUAUUAAGAGGCCCAUGAAUGCGUUCAUGGUCUGGGCCAAGGAUGAGAGGCGCAAAAUAUUGAAAGCCUGUCCGGACAUGCACAAUUCAAAUAUUUCAAAAAUCUUGGGCGCUCGCUGGAAAGCGAUGUCGAACGCUGACAAGCAGCCCUAUUACGAGGAGCAAUCGCGUCUAUCCAAGCUGCACAUGGAACAACAUCCCGACUAUCGCUAUCGUCCACGUCCAAAACGCACUUGCAUCGUCGACGGCAAAAAAAUGCGCAUAUCUGAAUAUAAAGUUCUGAUGCGUAAUCGACGUGCGGAAAUGCGACAGCUUUGGUGUAGAGGUGGCGGACCUGGUGGUCCGACAGGUUCCAGCUCUAAUGGACAUAGCCACGAUGCUGGCUCCGCCGUGCAAGCUGCAGCAGCAGCAGCCGCUGCCGCCUACCACCUGCAGGAGAUGAGUCAUGCAAUUGUCGACGAUUGUGAAACGCCACCGCCGCCGGCUCAACUACUAGACUCUGGAGCCAUCGCGAGCAGCAGUAGCAAUUUUUAUUAUCCACCGGAAAGUUUAUCGCCAUCGGGUUUCUCCUCCGAGGACAUGGAAAUUUUAUCAUUGCGUGAUGACGACUAAGAAACAAGAUUAUGUCGUUUAUAUACGUAUACAUAUGUAUAGAGACAUACGCGGAUUCAAAUAGAUUGUACUUAUAGCUUGUAAAUACUAAAAUCAUUGUAUAGGCCUUUAAGUUUUAGUUCAAGUGCCAUUACACACACAGAGAUGUAUAUGUAUAUAUACAUGUAUGCAGUAGAAUCCCGAUAACUCGAAAUGGCCAGGGGAUCAGUUUGUUCUUUUUUUCGGUUUACACAAAUUUAAAUUAUCGAGAACUGUUGAGUUAUUGAAUUUCUUUCAAGGGGAUAGAAUUCUUUCGCGGUUUUCGAUUUAUCGGGCUACAAAUAUACACAUGUGUAUAGAUUGAGUGUUUCGUAGUUGUUCACUCCAAGUUUUGUGCCAUUUAUGCACCAAUGCCAUAGCAAAAUAUUAAUAUACUUAAUUAUUAGGUAGAAAUUUGGAUGACUAGGGUGUUCUGUACCUGUCUCCAUAUUUACAUAUGUAUGUAUUUAUAUUCUUAUAUAUAAUUAGUAUGUGCACGAAUCGAGAAAAAAUGAAAUACAUGUAAUUGCAGCCCUAACAGACACUCUUAUAUACGUAUACAUAUAUAACGAAGGAGUUUGUAUACACAGACACACAUAAAUAAAAAUUGAUGUAUGCAUGUUAGUUUAUAGACAUUUCAUCGUGUUCUUCUAAACUUUAAAUGCGUAAAAGCUAAAAGAUAGAAUAGAACUCUUCAUGGAUGCAAUCAAUCACAUUAUCGAAAGGCCUCUUUCCAUUUGUUAUUUUUUUUAGUAUACUAUACAUAUAUAAAUUGGAUUUUGGGUAUAGGCAACUUAUGACACUGUAUUGCUUUUAAUUAAGUCAACACCGAGAUAUUACAUACAUAUAUAAAUGUAUAUUUAUGCACACAGUCACAUAUAAAUAUCUCAUAUGUCUUAUGAAUCUCACAAAUCAUGUAAAUAAUCUAAGACAAGUGUGUACUUUAAAAGUAUUUAAAUAUCUAUCUAAUUAAAAUUUAAGUACUUUUUUUAAUUAUUAUUAUUAUUGCUUCAAUGAAUCUAAUGAUAAAUACAAAACUAUAUAAAAUA